AUGAGCAAGUCCUACGCCUCAUCAGCCCAGUCGGCCUCCUCGUACCGCCGCACCUUCGGCUCUGGCGUCGGUUCAACCCCGAUGUCUUCCCACUUCUCCUCUGGAGGAGGAGGAGGCCGCAGCUCUUCAAGCCACAUGUCAAGCAGAAUCUACGAGGCCAAGAGCUCCGCCAUGCCCUCUUAUUCCAGCUACAGGGUGUCCUCCGGUGCUGGAGGGGCAGGGUACGGCUCCUCCGCCGCCGUGCGCACCUACUCCGGCGAGAAACUCGACUUCAACCUGGCCGACGCCAUGAACCAGGACUUCCUCAACACAAGGACCAACGAGAAGGCCGAGCUCCAGCACCUCAACGACCGCUUUGCCAGCUUCAUCGAGAAGGUGCGUUUCCUGGAGCAGCAGAAUGGGGCCCUGACGGUGGAGAUCGAGCAGCUGAGGGGCCGCGAGGGGCCCGGGCGCGUGUCCGAGAUGUACGAGGAGGAAAUGAGGGAGCUGAGGAGGCAGAUAGAGGCCAUCUCCAACCAGCGCGCCCGAGUGGAGGUGGAGAGAGACAACCUGGCUGAUGACCUGCAGAAAGUGAAGAUGAGACUGCAGGAGGAGGUUCAUCAGAAGGAAGAGGCUGAGAGCAACCUGUCUGCCUUCAGAGCCGAUGUAGACAAUGCUACUCUGGCCAGGCUGGACCUGGAGAGACGCAUUGAGAGUCUGCAGGAGGAGAUCGCCUUCCUCAAGAAGAUCCAUGAGGAGGAAAUCCAUGAGCUGCAGGGCCACAUGCAGGAGACCCAGGUCCAGGUCCAGAUGGACAUGUCCAAGCCCGACCUGACCGCUGCUCUGAGGGACAUCCGCAUGCAGUACGAGGGCAUCGCCGCCAAGAACAUCUCAGAGGCUGAGGAAUGGUACAAGUCUAAGGUGACUGAUUUGAGCCAGGCUGUGAACAAGAACAACGAUGCUCUGCGUCAGUCCAAACAGGAGAGCAUGGAGUACAGACACCAGAUCCAGUCCUACACCUGCGAGAUCGACUCACUGAAGGGCACCAAUGAGUCUCUGCUGCGCCAGAUGAGAGAUAUGGAGGAUCGCAUGGGCCGUGAAGCCACUGGUUUCCAGGAUACCAUCACAAGGCUGGAGGAAGACAUCAACAAGAUGAAGGAUGAUAUGGCUCGCCACCUGAGAGAGUACCAGGACCUCCUCAACGUGAAGAUGGCCCUUGAUAUUGAAAUUGCCACCUACAGGAAGCUGCUGGAGGGAGAGGAGAGCAGGAUCACCACCUCUGGACCCGUCCAGACUUCUUAUUCCACCAUUGGAUUCAGAGAGACCAGUCCUGAGUCCCAGAAACAACGCUCAUCAGAGGUUCACUCCAAGAAAACUGUUCUCAUCAAGACCAUUGAGACCCGCGACGGAGAGAUUAAGUAUUCUAUGAGCCAGGGCGCUAGUGCCCAGUGUGUGGUCAGCGAGUCCACACAGCACCAGCAAGACAUCAUGUAA